AGGCUGUAUGUGUUGUCAGCUGCAUCGGUAACAGCAGCUGACAACGAGCAGGCACAUGCAUUCAUGUUGUUUGUUUGCAUUUUCAUAAUUCCUUGAUCUUAACGCUUAACUUUUCUUUCUUUCUCUCUUAGAUUAAAUCGACUUUCGGUCCGAAGAAUCGAGCUGUUCUCGAGACGCGUGUUAGAGAUCGCCUACUAGAACAAAGAUAUGGAUGUGCAAUUUCUUUUUACUUCUUUUUACGUGUUAUCCAAAAGGAGAUCCAUUCUUAGAAGAGACCAUUUAAACACAAUACCGUCCCAAACAGAAAAUGAUUUGGGGAAAUGUAGGAAAUUUAUAGCGGACGCAAUAACAUCUAAAUUUACGCAAUCGCAAUUAAAUUACCGUUUUACUUACGAGGAGACGAACUCCGCCUAUGCAAGUUGGAACGUAGAAGUUGGGAGAUAGAAAAAAAAAAAACAAGAAAGAGAACAAGGGGGAUACAUGGGGCUAGAGAGGUAUGACACGUGACCGAGCGCGUGUUACAGCUGCACGUUUGUGUAGUAGCGGUUUCGCCGUAACAGCCGUGGCCGCACCGGAGCGCAGCUUCAGUCCACGUUGAACCGUCGUUGGCGUACGUUGGCCACGCCUGAUCGUAUAUCCCACUCUCAGAAUCCACCCGUCCGAUACCGAUAACAAGUAUCCGUGCAUUCGUAAAACGAAGAAGGACAUAUAUCGAUCGUCUUAUCGAUCGUCUCUUCUCAACGCUCUUGCGAUGAUCUUUUGAGAUCCACGAAAAUAAGGGCGAUAUCUAACGAAGAAAUUAGCGGGAUGAUGCUCCCAACGAGGAUAUCGAUGAUCGCUUUGCUCGCUCUCUUCGCAUUGAUUUUAUCCAUCGAUGUGACCGAUGGAAGACCUCGCAUAAGGCAUCACAAAGGGGGUGCCCAUUGUAGCAGAUGUGGUCCAGGUUGGGGCGUAACGAGUCGAUGCGUUCGUGGCCGCGAUACCGAGUGCGCAAAAUGUCUACCUGGCACUUAUAGCCCGCAUCACAGCACACAGCCGUGUUGGAUUUGUUCGAGAUGUGGUCCAGGACUUUAUGAAGCUCAUUCCUGUACAUCAAAAACCGACACGGUCUGCGAUUCCUGCCAUCGAGCUGCUCCCGAUAAUCCGGAUUAUCUUAGGAAAUGCAAAACUCGUGGAAAUUUCUUUUUAGCGCCCGAAGAUGCCGAGGAUACUGCCGAGGAAAGUGUCUUGAUAAAUCAAUCCGAUCGGGUAUUUCAUUUCGAGGACAGACAACAAGAGAUUCUCGAGAAGGACGUUGAAACUGCUGGUUUCCUCGAUGAGCCCAGCGGCGAAAAUGAUUUUGAUUAUGAGUCGUCGAAAACUAUGCAAAGGCUUUGAAUCGUUUAACGAAAAGAUAAAAGUAGGAAAACAAAACGAUCGACGAUUCGUUCUCCUAUACUAGUCAAUUGGGGUUGGCAUGCGUGCCUGCGUGCAUUGGAGUUGCGCGCGUGCGUCGUCUAUAUGUGACGCGCGUGAUUAUGCCGAACGCUCUUCCGAGCCGGUAUUUUACUAACGAGAUUAACUCAAAAAACGCAUCAAUUUUUUCGCACAAGGGCCAUUAACGGGGCACGCUUUGUAUACAGCUCUUUUAUUUUAUUCAUUCUAUUUAAGUACGUACAACACUUACGGUCGAUCGUAUAAGAAAAUUAUACUACCACAUUGGAAUGCGUAUGCACCAUACUUUCAUCUUGUCUCGCGUCAUUUAUUUAUUUUUUUUGUCUUGUCUUAUUUCUUUAAUUAGCAUCGGUAUCUUAACCUCGCGUAGAAAGAACUGCUGCGUGUAUGCACAUAACUAUAUAUAUAGACACGCGUCACACCUAAUGUCCAUCUUGUAUAUAGUUACAUAUAUUUCUGAAUUUAAUGUUACAAUGAUAGGCGCGUGUGCCUAUGUUCUCAUACGCGAGGUUUCUUUUUAAUUAUCUUUCCAUCCAAAGCUUUCGAUUUUAAGAGGACGAAAAGAGCGGAAAACGAGCCCGCUUUUUUCGUGUUUGGAUUUUUAAUUUGCUUCGCACAGCAAUUAAACGUCCCGUAAAUUAAACGUCCCUCUAUAAAUUAUCCAAAGAGCAUCGCUUUGUGUCGCUUACGAUCAAAUGUAAAUUAAAGGCGCGUUGUCGUGGUCGCACCAUUUUUUCUUUUCUUUUUCCUUUUCGAACAAAUUAAAGACGAUUAUUCCAACGAACGCUAAAGUAUUCUUCGAUAUCGUAAUUACGAAGUGAUUGGGUCUAUGUAUAUAUACAUACUACUACACAUAUAUAUAUAUAUAUAUAUAUAUAUAUAUAUAUAUAUAUAUCGUUAACACACGAGUGUCAUAGAAGAAGGAAAGAUAAACACGAUCAAAGCGAGACGCUUCUUAUUGCUCGUUCAUGGGCAUAGCAAUUUCCUUUAUCGCAAAUAUUAAGUAUCAUUGGUAUGAGAAAAAAGAGCAGAUGCAGUAGAUCGUAGUUUCUAUUCCUAUUUCAUCGUACAUUUGUUUUUCUUUUUUUCAUCUUUCAAUCGUACAUACGUAUACGACAUAUUAUUGCAAAAACAUGCGCAGCGUCGCUCAAACAUAUUCUCGAGUGUUUCUUUCUUAUUCGUUUGCUCGGUGAUAAGAAUGGGAAGUAGCAUACUUUCUUCCAAGAGAUCGCACGAACGUCCUCAUUGACAGAAAACGCACGGUGUUACGGUCGCUAAGGUACUUCACAUCGAAUAUGCCUAUUAUCUUCUAAUACGUAUUAUCAUCGUCUUUUUAUUUUUUUCGCUUAAAACAUAUUUCAAUUUUAAUUAUUUAUACCUACAUAACUUAUAUAUUAUAAAUAGAGAUCUUUUUCGAUCCGCGAUGUAUAUAUAUGUCUGUGUGUAUAUAUAUAUAUGUGUAUAUAUAUAUACAUAAUUGUUAAGUAAACGUUUUUCGUGACGCACUAGGUACAAUACAGGAGACGACGUACGUACUAUAUAAAAAGGUAAAAGGAAGAAGAAAAAGAAACAAUAAAUGGACGUUAUCACCGGCUUUUCAAGCGCACUCGAAUUCCGACAUAUGCGAAGCAGGCGAAUCUAAUCGGAUAAAGUCAAGUAGAAAAAUUCGUUGUUCCUAUUUACAAAGACUCUGCACUUAGAAGAAAAUAAAAAUAAAAAAAAAAAGAGAAAAAAUA